ACUUAAGACAAGAAAAAUAAAAUCAUUACCAACAGCAAAGCAAAGUAGUAAAAUUGGGGGAAAAUAGAUUCUUCACCACUUUGACAGAUGGGUCACUGUAUAUCGUGACCGUCUUCUCAGAUUCAAAUUCCAAACUCUUUCUCUCCAAUUAGGUUUUAGGGUUUUUAUUUUUUGAAGAUUUUCAAGCUCAAUUGUGCUUUCUGUUGUUCGUUUCGAAUUCUUCAGCUACUGUAGAUCUAUGGCGGGAUUCUGUUAACUUUGAAAUUCGUGUCAUAAAAUCACAGGUACAAGGGGUUUCCUCAAGCAAAGGUGGCUUGCUAUAAAGUCCAAUCUUCGUGUUUAAAUCAUUUGUCUUUUAGCUAAGUGUGGGGGAAAAUAUAUCAAAAGCUGGAAAUGAUGGAGUGCAACAAAGAUGAGGCAGUCAGGGCUAAAGAAAUAGCGGAGAGGAAAUUUUCUGAAAGGGAAUAUAUUGGUGCAAAGAAGUUUGCUAUCAAGGCUAAAAAUUUGUAUGCUGAUUUGGAGGAUAUUUCCCAGUUUUUGACUACUAUUGAUAUUUAUAUAUCUGCUGAGAACAAAGUAAGUGGAGAAAUGGAUUGGUAUGGUAUACUUGGAGUGAGUCCCUUUGCUGAUGAAGAGACUGUUAGAAAGCAGUACAGGAAACUGGCUCUCACCCUUCAUCCUGACAAAAACAAGUCUUUAGGUGCAGAGGGUGCAUUUCAGCUGGUUUCAGAGGCAUGGAGUUUGUUAUCAGAUAAGACCAAGAGACUAGAAUAUAACCAGAAGAGGAGUUUGAAAGGCUUCCAACAUACUACUCCAAACCGUGCUGGGCAUCCAUCAAAUGUACCUAGUUCAAAUGGUUAUUAUCAUUUUAAGAAGAAUGCAACUUCAAAUGUGAGGACUGGGAAUCAUAAUGCUCGGGCUCCUGCCACUUCUGCCCCUCCACAGAAAAAGGCUGAAACCUUUUGGACUAUCUGUAAUAAGUGCAGGACACAUUAUGAAUAUCUCAGAAUUUAUUUGAAUCACACUCUUCUAUGUCCCAACUGUAAUGAAGCUUUUGUGGCCAUAGAGAGGAGUCCUCCUCCCAAUGUUUUUAAGCCAUCAAGUUUGCCCUCCCAUCAACAGCACCAGAAUUCACGACGUCAUCCUGGAAGUAAUAAUUCAAACCUUCAGUGGGGUUCCCACUCCAGAAUGGCUGGUUUUGGUAGCGCCGAUGGAUCGUCGUCUGUGGCCGCUCAAGCUGCAAGUGUCGUGCAAAAGGCAAGUGAGAAAGUGAAGAGAGAAGGAGCACCAUCAAUUGCUGAAUGGGAGAGGAUUCAAAUGUCUAAGAAAGCUGAUGGUUCUAUGAAGAAAAGGAAGGUAGAUGAUAUUCACGUUAAUGGCUAUCCAGGAUAUACGGCAAAUCAUUUUGCUACGGGAUCUGGAGCAGCAGGUUUGGGCAGUUUCUCUGGAUCAGGAAAGGCUAACUUGGAAAAAGAAAGGACCUAUGGUUUUUCAGGUCUUGGAGGCAAACAUUACAGCAUACGAGAGUUGUCAUUGUUUGAGUUACGAAACAUGUUGAUGGAUAAGGCACGGAAUGAAAUUAGUAAAAAACUUGAAGAAUUGAGGUUAAUGGCUGAAGCUAAGAUUGCCAACAAGAAUAAGAGACAGAAAAACAUAUUCAAUGACAAAACAAGUGGUUCAGAGAAGUAUGGAGAGUCCAAUGUUAAUGGUAACAAGCAUUUUUCUAUUGAUUCUUUACCUGUCACAUCUGAUGGUACAGUUAAGAGCCAAGCCUAUGUUACAAUCAAUGUUCCAGAUCCUGAUUUUCACAAUUUUGACCUGGAUAGAGCUGAAAGUUCCUUUGCAGAGGACCAGGUCUGGGCUGCUUAUGACGAUGAUGAUGGAAUGCCUAGAUAUUAUGCUAGAAUUCACAAGGUGAUCUCCACAAAGCCAUUUAGAAUGCGGAUUAGUUGGCUUAACUCUCGAAGCAACAGUGAAUUGGGCCCAAUAGAUUGGGUAGGUUCUGGUUUUUAUAAAACUUGUGGGGAUUUCAGGACUGGCAAGCAUGAAGUAUCUGAAUCAUUAAAUUCAUUUUCACACAAGGUUAGGUGGACAAAAGGCACCAGAGGAGUUGUCCGCAUCUUUCCAGGUAAGGGGGAAGUCUGGGCACUUUAUAGAAACUGGUCUCCUGAUUGGAAUGAACAUACUCCAGAUGAAGUGAUACACAAGUAUGACAUGGUGGAAGUACUUGAUGAUUUCAGUGAAGAGCAAGGUAUAUUAGUUACUCCCCUUGUUAAGUUUCCUGGCUUUAGGACAGUAUUUCGAAGGCACCAGGACCAGAAUGAGGUUAGGAGGAUUCCUAAAGAGGAGAUGUUUCGAUUCUCUCAUCAGGUUCCUAAUCACUUGCUCAGUGGCCAGGAAGCUCAUAACGCUCCAAUAGGUUGCCGAGAGUUGGAUCCAGCAGCUACACCUUUAGACCUCCUUCAGAUAGCAACAGAAGCUAAUGAGGCAGCAGGUAAUGUUUAGAAAACCUGAGUAAGACACAUAACCUAAAGUUCAGUUCUACUGAAGAACAUGCAUUUUGAAUAGGAGAGAGGAUGCUUCAAAACCUUAUAAAGCAGAAAUGUUCAAAUGAGGAUGGCAAACAAAAAAUGGGACAGUAGAUGAUAAUGCACAACAUCGUGUGACUGUUUAUGCAAUAGGCCUGGGAAAUUAAAAUUAAAAUUUGAUGAAAUACACCCCCUCUUACUCCACAUUUUGAUUUUGUAAGCCUGACCCAGAUAAUCUCUAGUGUCUUUUGGUUUUUUGUUGUAUAAUUUUAAGACAUGUUAUUCCUAGACUAUAUAUGGAUGUCCAUACUCAUGGUGAACACAGUUAUUAUUAUUCAUCAAUCUGCAAGCAAGAUGAUUGAUUAUACUGUUCUUCUUGGA